CAACAAUGGCCACCAUUACCAAUUUUAAUGUCGAUGAAUUUGACUCAAUGAAUGUUGUGGAGGAGUAUAAGAAGAUAAGUGUUAAUGAUCCGGUGAACUUUUAUACUUGGUCGAAGAAAAAAUUUGUUGACAGGCUUUGUGCUGUUGCUAAUUUACAGAUUGACGAUCAUCUACCAGUUGGAGAUGAAGGCAAGACAGAGAAAUUGGUCACAGCAACAAAGAAGGGUGCAGCUGUUUUGGAUCAAUAUCUGUCAGAUGAAAUCAAGGCAUUAUACCAUGUCCUGCAUCAAGGAAAUGAUAUUUAUGAGGCCACAUUGAACCAAACAAAUGUUGAGAACAACGAUAACGAAUUUUAUAUCAUUCAAGUUCUAGAGAAUGAUUGUGGUGGGAAUUUCCUUCUUUACACUAGAUGGGGUAGAGUUGGUGAAAAGGGAGAAACGAAGAUCAGUGGUCCCUAUACGUAUGCCGGUGAUGCCACAUCUGAGUUUGAGCGUAAAUUCUAUGAGAAGACCAAGAACUGUUGGUCUAACCGCAAAGAUUUUUUUUGUCAACCAAAGCAAUAUGCUUGGUUGGAAAUGGACUAUGAUGAAAAUGGGGAAUACUCAUCAAUCCAAGGACAGUCCAUUCUAGUACCAAGAAGUCGACCUCGUGAGACUAAGCUGGAGGCCCCGAUUGCAAAGUUCAUAUCUCUUAUUUGUGACAUCAAUAUGAUGAGGCAGCAAAUGAUGGAAAUAGGGUACAAUGCUAACAAGUUGCCACUCGGUAAAUUGAGCAAGAAAACUAUUUUAAAGGGCUAUGAUGUCUUGAAAAAUAUUGCUGAUGUUAUAGGCCAGUUCAACAGGACACUGCUUGAAGAUUUGAGCAGUCAAUUCUAUACAGUCAUUCCUCAUGAUUUUGGAUUCCAGAAGAUGUGUGAAUUUGUCAUUGACACCCUUCCAAAGUUAAAACGCAAAAUUGAAAUGGUCAAAGCUCUUGCUGAAAUUGAAGUCACAACUAAGUUAUCGGAGGAUAACACAGAUAUACAGGAGGAUCCCUUGUUUUAUCAAUAUGAACAACUUGGUUGCAAACUUGUUCCAGUUGAAGUCGGUUCCCAGGAAUAUCUCAUGAUUGAGAAUUACAUGAAGAAUACCCAUGCAAAAAUACAUUCUGGUUAUGCUGUCGAUAUUGUUCAAGUAUUUAGGGCAUCAAGAAAUGGUGAAAAUGAAAGAUUUCAGAAGUUCUCUGAUACGAGUAAUAGGAUGCUUUUAUGGCACGGUUCUCGGCUGACAAACUGGGCUGGCAUUCUUUCACAGGGUUUAAGAAUUGCUCCUCCAGAAGCACCUUCGACAGGGUACAUGUUUGGGAAAGGUGUUUACUUUGCUGAUAUGUUCUCCGAGAGUGCAAUUUAUUGCUAUGCCUCAUCGGCUGCUAAGAAUGGUGUGCUUUUGUUGUGCGAGGUUGCUCUCGGCGACAUGAAUGAGCUAUUGUCAGCCAACUCCGAUGCUGAUAAGUUGCCUUUGGGAAAGCUAAGCACAAAAGCAGUCGGUGCCAUGGCCCCAGAUUUUAAAGAAGCUCAAAUACUUGAAGAUGGUGUCAUCGUUCCUCUGGGAAAUCCAAAGGAGCGACCAAAACACGAGGGUAAUUUGUUGCAUAAUGAGUACAUUGUUUACAAUGUGGAACAAUUAAGGAUGCGCUAUGUUAUCCAGGUUGAGUUCAAUUAUGAAAUAUAAUCGUACUGUAAAUAUAAUUUCAUCUUUUUAAGUUUCGAGUAUCAAGAAUUUCGUUUAUAUCAUGUAUAUAUAAAUUCAUCUUAAAUCAAUCCAACUAGAGAACAAUCAUGUAUGAUAAGUAUUAAAA